UUACUGUUGCAAACUGCCUAUAAUACUCUCAAGACGAAAUAAAAAUGAACAAUUUGCGGAAUUGUGAAUCAGGUCUUGCAUUUUUGCCAGGAGGAAGUACAACGUCUCUUAAAAGAAAGUUUGAACAUGAUGAGCAAACAAGUUUCAGAAAAUCAAAAAAGACAAAAACUGCGACUAAAGAAAAAUCGCGCUUAGGCGUUUUCAAUCAAGCACUCGAAGCACUGCAGAAUAUUAUUCCAGUUCGACUUCCAAAAGGACGAAAACUUCACAAGAAACAAACGCUUGAAUUUGCUUUGAAAUAUAUCAAAUUUCUUCAUGAAUGUAGAGAGAGCAAAAAAGAUUUUGAUGAUCGUUAUAGGUUCAUGUAUAGUUCAGGUUCAGAAGAAGAAGAUUUCAUUAAUGCUAUCGAUGCUGCAGCUUGUCGUCCAUUGUUUGACACUUUUGCCUCAACUGAUUUUGAUAGUUUGUGCAAUUCCACGGAUAUUUCUGCCAAAGCCACAAAUCAAAACUUCAAUUCAAACUGUAAUUCAGAAGAAGCGAUUGGUACUUCUAAUUUUCUCUUCACCGACUCCAACUUCAAAGUAUUUGAUGGCCCUUGUGAAUUAGAAUUAGUAGACUCAGACCUGUUGUUCAAUGAAGCAAUGAAUGUUAUUCCAGAACAUCCCGACCCAACUGCAGAAAGUUUAUUUUCAAUUUCUUUCAAUCAAGAAAACGUUGAUCUCCCAAUUCUUCAUGUUGAUUUUGUUGAUGGAAUAUUGAAUGAAUUUUCGGUUGCGUCCGACCAAAUAGCUUUAAUCCAACAAACUCCAACGAAAGAGAAGAAUCCAAACGAUUCAGCGUAUGGAUCUGAAUGUAGUUCGAUAUUUUCACCUUCAUUUUGUUCCAAAUUGUAAAAAAUCAUGUUUUUUUUUGUAUUUUAUUUGAAAUAUUUUAUCGUAUA